ACUUAGAAUGAAAAAAUUGACAUACGAAAAAUACAAAUAAUAAAAUCAUAUUUCUUUUUAUAAAAUAGUUAAUAUUUACACCAUAAUUCCAUUAAUAAUGUUAAUGAUACAAUUUCUUUAUAUUCACAUCGAAUUGUAACACGGUGGCGUAGCACAGGCUUAAGACCAGAGUGUGUCAUACGUCCUCUAGUGUCACUUUAUUUUGAUUUUAUAGUUGGGUCUAAAAAUGGACAAUCAGGCCGAAGAGUUAUUAAAAAAUGAACCACAAAUGGAAUUUAAAAAGCCAGUUCUAAUAGGUCGUAUUGGUAAAUUACCUAAAAAAGCGAAAAACGAACCUGAAAAAAGCAAUAUAGAGAAAAAAGAUGAAGAGUCAUCAGAAAAUAAUUCUGAGUCUAAAACAAAAAGUAACUUGCCUCCAGCUGUAUUACUAAAGGAAUUGUCUAUGACAAUACCAUAUAAAGAACCAAAAUGGUCAGGUCUAUGUCCUGAUGGUUCCGAUUAUGCUUUAGAAGUAUUAAAAUCUGGGGUUAUUGUGGAAAAAAAUGAAUUGACAAAGAAAGCCUAUUAUGUCUUUGGGCGGUUAGCAAACUGUGACAUUGUUAUGGCUAAUCCCACUAUAUCAAGACAUCAUGCUGUUCUCCAAUACAAAGCAUUUGCAGAAGAAGGUGAGCCACCAUCAGGAUGGUAUAUCUAUGAUCUGGGCAGCACACAUGGAACAUUUUUAAAUAAAGACAGAUUAAAGCCAAAUCAUUAUACCAGGGUACGAGUUGGACACCAGAUCAAGUUUGGAAAUAGUACACGAACUUAUAUCAUGCUGGGUCCAGACUUCGACUGUGAAGGUGAAUCUGAAUUAACAGUCACAGAAAUAAAAAAGAGAGCAGAAACAAUGAAGUUAGAACGAGACAGAAUGUUACAGGCGGCAAUUGAACAAAGGGAGAAGGAUAGACUUGAAGAGGAAAGGAAAAGAGAAGAACAGGGUGUUGAUUGGGGAAUGGGUGAGGAUGCAGAAGAUGAGCCUGACUUAGCUGAGAAUCCUUAUGCAGUAACAGCCAAUGAGGAAUUAUAUCUUGAGGACCCAAAGAAAACACUCAGGGGCUAUUUUGAGAGGGAGGGUCACGAGCUGAACUAUGACUGUCAAGAAAGAGGCAUUGGACAGUUCAUGUGCAGAGUGGAAUUGCCAAUGGACGAUGCUCGUGGCAAUCCAGUUGUUGCUGAAGUGAUCCACCGUGGCAAGAAGAAGGAGGCGGUUAUCGCAUGCGCACUGGAAGCCUGCAGGAUACUGGAUCGAGCUGGUCUAUUGAGACAGUCCAAACAUGAAUCUCGCAGACGUAAAGAGCGUGAUUGGAGCGCCGACGAUUACUACGAUUCUGAUGACGACACUUUCCUCGACCGCACCGGAAGCGUAGAACGCAAGAGGAAGCUGCGAAUGGAGAAACAUGGCGCCGUUGAUAAAGAACAGGACAAACCACUCACAUACGAUGACUUGCUUAAACAAAUAAAAGAAACAGAAGAGAAGAUAGCCGCAGAAGAAGCCCGACUGGAGCGUCUCCGUGCUUCCGCGAAACCUGUACAACAGACAGACGGUGAAGCGGACGCUCUUGAUGUGUUCAUGAGUUCCCUGAAGCAAGGACCCAGUAUCGCUCAGAGAGCUGAUAUAUCUAACGCCAAAAUGAACAUACAGAAACUGAAAGCGGAGUUGACGAAAACUCACCGUUUAGCGGAUCUAGCUCGGCCGGCACACAUGCCGCCGUUGUUGAAGAAAGACAGCAAAAUAGCUGUCAAAGUUGGGAGCAAUUCCGUUGUCUAUGGUAAAAGAAUAAGAUUAAAAGAAGAUAGUGAAAUGCGCCCGAAGGUAAGACAAGAAGUUAAAAAGGAAGAAACCGAAUUUGUUGAAGAAAUGGAUUCUGAUGAAGAGGUAGAACAACCUAAAGAAGAAAAUAAAACGCUAGAAAAAGUUUCCAAAUCAAGUGUGGCUGAAACAAUUAGUAAUAGCAGUAAGAGCGAAAAAGGGAAAUAUGAAAAAACAAAAACAUAUGGCCCAAUGCGACCCCCAGAUGAUUAUGUAAUUCCAGAAAAUUACUUUGAUCAAGAAACUGAUAGAGACCUUCCAGAAAUAAUGGAGAAGGAAGAUGUUUAAAUUAUA